AAGUUAGGGUGUUUUGCAAGUUUAAAAGUUGUCUAAGAUGCAUGAAGGUCUUUAAGACGCACGUAAGACCGUGCGUUGGCCCUUAUUAUCGUUUACAAUUCAAGAAUUUCGCAAUAACUGCAAGAACGAUACUGCUAAAAUUGUAUCAUGGACUAACAUCGCCUUCAAAAGGUACAGCAUGGUAAUCGCCCGAUGUUACUAAGCAAUGGUAAUUGUCCACUAUGUGUGAAUCGCAAGCGAAAUCCUACCAACGUACUUCUAUAAAGGUAGCUAAAGGACUAGAGCGAAGGGAAAAACACGUUGUAAAGAUCCUAGAAGUAAGGGAUAGUAGACUUGAAAUUCCCGCGCUCCACGUGCAGAAGCUCACCUUGUCACUCCAACGCUGCAAACUCGCCAUAAUAGUCAUGCCAGGGCGAGGAUCUGUAUUGCUAGGAGGUCUUAAAUGAUAAAACAGGAGGAUCAUUUGAAGAGGAAUGAUGUAGGUUCUGGUUUUGUAUUGAAACUUCUGUUUCGAUCAAGUCUCCAUUUAUUCAUUUCCUCUUACUCUUUGAAUGUUGUGAUAGUAUUUAUAAGUCACAACUUUUUCUAUGCUUUUGCUAUUCCUCAAAAGACUUCAUGUAUUUCAAUGCAUUCAAGGUUACUUUUGGAGGUAAAUUCACCCUUCUUGAAUUAA